CUCAAAACCAGUCCACUUUCCCACCAUGUCUUCUUCCUGUCUUUCCUUCCUCCGGUUCGCUUCUUUGUGAGCUUUACCAUUGUCUUAACCACAAUCAUUCUCUAUUGGCUUCCUUUUAUACCUAGACUCACCAUGACACGCUCUACGACAUUGGCCGUUGUGUUAGCGGCCAGUCUGGGCGCUGCGGGUGUCACAGCUCGCGAUGAACAGUCUAUCCUACGCCGAUCUUGUCCUGAUUACCUUUCUUACUCCUCAGUCGGACAUCCCCCAUACAGCGGCGGUGCCUUGAACCUGCCGUACCAGCGGCCUUCAGUGGAAUGUCGGACUUUUAAAUCGCCUGCAGUCGAAAAUGUCAUUGAAGAUGUGACUUCGCGGAUGGUGGAUAAAGACCUCGCGCAGCUGUUCCGCAACGCCUUCCCCAACACGCUCGACACGACUGUUCGCUGGCACGUCAACGGCACCCAGUCAACAUCAACAAGCUCCCAGAAGCGAAAACGGGACAACGCUCCUCAAUGGCAAGGCCCGCAGUCCUUCAUCGUCACCGGCGACAUCAAUGCCGAAUGGCUACGGGACUCGACGAACCAGCUCUCCGGCUACCAAGCCCUGGCAAAGGACGACAAAGCCCUGCACAACCUCAUCCUCGGUGCUAUCAACACCCAAAUUGAAUACGUUAUUCAAUCACCCUACUGCAAUGCCUUUCAGCCCCCAUCUCCCAGUGGCAUUCAACCGGCGAGCAGCAGCCAAAGGGACACCGUUACGCCACCAUACAACUCAUCCAUAGUCUUCGAAUGCAAGUACGAGCUCGACUCCCUAGCCAAUUUCCUAGCUCUCGGCACCCAAUUCCACGAAAACACGGGCUCAACCGAGUUCCUGACCAAGCGAUGGUACCUUGCGCUCAACACGGUUCUGAGAGUGCUCGACGCCCAGUCAAAACCCACCUUCAACGACGCCCUACAGUACGUGACGAAUGAGUACACCUUCCAAAGGCAGACCACUCUGGGGACCGAGACCCUCAACCUCGCAGGCAUCGGCAACCCCCUCAACCACGGCACAGGCCUCAUCCGCAGCGCCUUCCGUCCCAGCGACGACGCCACCAUCCUAGGCUUCUUCAUCCCGCCCAACGCCAUGAUGUCCGUGCAGCUGCAGAAGACAGCCGCGGUGUUGCGCGCUGCAGGCGGCAACGCAACUCUCAUCGCCGACCUACAGUCGCGCGGUAAGAAUCUCGCGCAGGCCGUCAAGGAUCACGGUAUCGUGCACCAUCCCACCUACGGUGAUGUCUACGCCUUCGAGGUGGACGGGUACGGCUCGCGCAUUCUCAUGGAUGAUGCGAACGUCCCGUCGCUCCUCUCGCUGCCGCUACUGGGCUUCGUGGAUCAGAAAGACCAGGUCUACCAGAAUACCCGCAAGAUGAUCCUCAGCUCCGAGGGGAACCCGUACUAUCUGACUGGCUCGGAUUUCCAUGGUAUCGGCGGUCCGCAUAUUGGUCUACGCAAUGCCUGGCCCAUGUCCCUGCUCGUGCAGGCUAUGACAACAGACGAAGAGACGGAGAUAACCGAGUGCGUGAACCUGGUCCGUAAUUCGAGUUUGCUGGGCUUGGUGCACGAGUCGAUCAACGUGAACAACAUCUCGACGUACACGAGGCCGUGGUUCGCGUGGGCGAAUUCGGUUUUCGCGCAGACGAUCUUGAAGCUCGCGGCUGAGAAACCGGCUUUGAUCUUUGGGGAGGGUGCGGAGCCGUAUAUCAUCCAGUAGGGGGUUAGGGCUAUAUACACGGUAGCUUGUUCUAGGAAGGCAAGAGCCAUGAUCCUUUUAGCCGAGGUCUUCAUAACUGUAUAGGACGUCUAGAGCUC